ACAAAAAAAAAUUAUGCACACUUCCGGGAAUCUCAACAUGGCAUGAAUUUACAUGGCCUGAAAUGGGAGAUAAUGCAGGAUAUAUUUGUACACGAUCCUUACCAGGAUUUGGACCUUUAUAUAAAUUUAGUCCCUUACAAUUACAAAAAAUUACAAAGGAUUAUGUUUUUGAAAAACCAAAUCCAUCUUCAACUAUUCAUACACAACCAACAAAAACUUGGACCGCUUUUCAUUCUUCUAUUCAAGAAAAUAAAAAAGAAUUAAUUAGUCAAGAAGAG